GGUGGAGUCUUCAUCGGGAAGCACCGGUGGGGACUAGUCUAGGUCGAAAGUCUUCACAAGUUGGCCGGCUCGACUCACUACAGUUUUCGCUAUGGCGUGUAUAGGGUCGAGUCGGCUCUGUGCUCGUGCGGAAAAACUGUGCCAGUUCGGACAUUUCUCUCAAAUACGAAAGAAACUUUCGACGACGUUUACCAAGUCACGAGUGGAGAUCGAACGAGUCAUAGGUCCGACGGUGAAACAAUGUCAAAACAAAAAGACAACGGCAUCAUGCAGGAUAGGCAUCGCGAGAGCGAUGAGUUCAAUACAAACUAUUCAGCCCGGAUCCUUGCCCGAUUACCAAGUCGACCCUUACCGUCUCGUAGAAGACGACCUUAAACUCGUAUACGAUGGAAUACGAUUGGAACUCAACGUGAAUACGACACAAGACGAGUUAAGAAAGAUAGCAACGUAUUAUUUUGAUGGAAAAGGAAAAGCGAUACGACCGUUGCUUGUAAUUCUUAUGUCACGAGCCAUUAAUUAUCAUAAGGAUGAAAUAAACAUCUUAACAAAAUCGCAGCAAAAACUUGCAAUGUAUUCCGAAAUGAUCCAUAAUGCUUCCCUAAUUCACGAUGAUGUGAUCGAUCAAGCCGAUUAUCGUCGAGGAAAACCAUCUGUAAACGCUGUCUGGAGUCAAAAAAAGGUGUCACUGGCAGGUAACUACAUUCUUGCGAUUGCUACCGUACUACUAUCACGUCUAAAAAACGAUGAAGUUACUAUUACGCUAGCUGAGAUAAUAUCGGAUUUGGUCCAAGGUGAGUUCAUGCAACUUGGUUCAAAGGAAACGGAGAACGAAAGAUUUGCUCACUACCUCAAUAAAACCUAUCGAAAGACGGGUAGUCUUAUCGCUAAUUCACUCAAAGCGACGGCGAUAGUAGCUGAGGCGAACGAUCAGAUAAUAGAAUUAGCUUAUCAGUACGGUCGAAAUAUUGGGCUUGCCUUUCAAUUGGUCGACGAUUUUCUAGAUUUUGUUUCUUCAUCGGCAAUGAUGGGAAAGCCAACAGCGACCGAUUUGAAACUCGGCUUGGCCACUGCUCCUGUUCUCUUCGCUUGCGAGAAGUAUCCAGAACUCAAUGCGAUGAUCAUGCGUCGAUUCCAAGAACCAAACGACGUCGAGAGAGCGUACAAAUUGGUUCACGAAUCCCACGGUCUUGAUCAGACCAAAUUCUUAGCGAAGAAACACUGUGCAGAAGCUGUCAAGUUGGUUCAAUCGCUUGCCGAAAGCCCAUAUCAAAAAGCUCUGAUAUUUAUUUCUGAUUUUGUUAUCAAUCGUAUUAAGUAGCAUUGUUACAAUCAAGGAAUUGACGAUAGUUAAAAAAUGAAACGCGUGCUCGUUGGUACUAGUUGAUUAUU